AUGGAGCAGAUGAAGAUGGUCCGGGAAGCCAGUCAAGCUACUUAUGACGCCAGCUCCGCUCUCCAGAGCAACGUCCAGAAAUCUUGUGAACUUGGAGCUCAUUUCGCUGAUCUGGAGAAGAAGCAGAUUCAGCUCAACCUUGAUCUGGAGCUGGCCAAGACAAAUCUGCAGAAGACCAAGGAUGAGGCCACUAAAACUCUGAACCAAGCUCUGGCCAAGAAGGAUCAAGACCAUGCAGCCACACAGAAAACAGCUGAUGAGAAAACUGCCCUUGCUGAAAAGAAGCUAGCUUCAGUUGGCAAGCUGGAGGAAGAGAAUGCUAAGCUGAAAACUUCUCUUGAUGAGGCCAACAAGGAGGCGACUCGUCUGAAGAAGGACAAGAAGAACCUGACUGAAAAGAUGGAAGGCAUUGCUCGCAAGCGGAACGAUCUGGAGGACUAUCUAGGAGGCCUUGCCAAGAAGCUGUCCAUCAUGCCUGAAGAAUUUUGCCAGAACUUAGAGGAAGAGACUGGCGAGUUGAGACAAGCUUGGACCCCAUCCUCUCUCCAGUGA